GUUAAAUAUAUGUCUUAUCUCUUUUAAAAUUAUUAGCCUAUAUAAAUGGGAAUGUCUCUUGACAAUCACACAACGUAUGUGAACGGCAACAUGAAGUUGUUGGCAGUGACUUUGUUGGCUCUAGCAGUGGCCGCCACCGCGAGGCACAUCACGCUUGAAGAUGUCAUCGAAUUAGAAAAUAACACUCCCUACGAUUACAUCAAGAGCUUACCGCUGAUCCAAGAAGUCUUUAUUGAAGAAAAAAGUGAGAAAAACCCAUCCAGAAUAAUUGGUGGUUCAUUUGCAGCACUUGGACAAUUUCCGUAUCAAGCUGGACUUUUAAUCCAUUUACCAUUUGGAACUUCUAUUGCGAGUGCAAUCUUAAUCUCCAAUAAUAAAAUACUAACUGCUGCACACAACUUAAACGAUGGCGUAUCAAAUGUGCCAAGUGUGACUGUGGUCCUUGGAACCAAUACUUUAAUGGGUGAUGGUAUAAGACAAACUACCAGCGACUUUGUUUUGCACGAAAAUUAUGACAUUUCCAUAUUCAGAAGUGACAUUGCUAUAAUCAACUUACCAUCUAAAGUUGAAUUUUCCCGUAACCUCGCUGCUAUUGCUCUUCCUUCGGGAUCUCAACUCGAAGAAGAUUUUGCUGGUGAGGUUGGAAUUGCUUCCGGUUUUGGAAAUAAUCCUUCAAUUGGUGGUACACAUGCAAAUCAGCCACUUAGCUUCGUCGACUUGCCUGUGAUGUCAAACAACGAUUGCGCGAAAAUUUACGGUUCGUUUAUUCAGCCUGGCGUUGUUUGUACGGUUGGUGUUGUCGGCAAAAAUAUCUGCAGUGGUGACUCUGGUGGCCCUCUUGCUGUUGAAAGGAAUGAAAACCCCCUCUUAAUUGGUGUUGUUUCGUUUGGGCCCAGGUUUUGUGGAGAUCAUGGUCCAGCAGGUUACUCCAGGGUUAGCCACUACAUUGAGUGGAUAAACGAACGUCUUUAAAAUGUUUAAAACAUAAAUAAAUCCAACAAGUUUAAAUAAUA